CUCUUUCUGUUGCAUUAUUAUUAAAGCAAAGUAGAAACAUUUGUCAGACUCAGAGCAGCUGAGUGACAGAGUGUCAGUGCUGGAUGUGAGGAUGAGGUACACUUUGAUCUGUGUGCUGGGAUUAUUCUUGCUGAAUACACUCUUCUACGGACACUCUGAAGCAAAUAGACUGAAGGCCAAACUGAGUGUUGACAACAGAGACAUUCCAGUAGGGGGCAGAGUGACCCUGACCUGCUCUGUGGACCCAUCAUCAUCUGGUUGGAAAUAUUACUGGUAUAAAGGCAAGAAAAACUCUGAACCCCUGAACACACAAGAUGUUGUUUUCCAGUCAACUGGACAGAUCAGUGUCUCACAGGGAGGACUCUACUGGUGCAGAGGAGGAAGAGGAAAACCAGUUUACUACACAGAGUACAGUGAUUCAAUGAGGAUCAACAAAUAUGAAAAUAAACCCAAGCCCACACUGACAGCAGACAAAACCAUCUUACCAGUACGGGGCAGAGUGACACUGACCUGCUCUGUGGAGGGUUCUGCUGACUGGAAAUACGACUGGUUCAGACAAACCUCAGACUCUUCUAUAGCUCAGCCCAUCAGAUAUGAAACAAACGGAGUAAUAAGUGUUAAUCAAGGAGGCAUCUACUACUGCAGAGGAGGAAGAGGAUAUCCAGUCUUCUCCACAGAAGACAGCAACAAAGUCACUAUUCAAGAAACUGUUUCCAACAAGGCUGUUGUGACUCUGCAACCCAACUGGCGGCUGAUAUACAGUGGUGAGACAAUCACUGUCAGAUGUGAGAUCCAGGGAGGUGCAGCCACUCGAUGGGAAUAUGAAUGGAGAGAAAAUAAUGUGGCCAUAUCUCGUAAAGACAAAGAAUUCAGAAUCAGCAGUGCUUCUAUAUCCCAUAAUGUAGACUUCAUGUGUAUGGGUAGAAAGGAUUUUUUUUUGACAGAGUGGAGUGAAGCCAUCACAUUGACAUCAUGUAAGUCAAAUAUGUUCAUAUCAAAUUCAGAAUGUCAUUUUGUUUCAAUCUAGUUAGAUAAGGAAACAGAAAAUAUGACCCCCUUCCUUCCUCUUUAGCGUGAGAACAGAAUAACUUCAGAGGAGUCAACAUGCAGUGUGCCCCCCACCCCAAGAAAACAAGCAAACAAGCAAAAA